AUGUUGUUUCUACGAUUGUACCAGUUAUUAAUAUCCGUUGCACUUCUUGGAAGUGUUUCGGCGUCUGUGGUAUCCAACGAACUCGAUGCAGCCUCAGAUAAACGAGCUGAGGCCGCAGAAGAAAAUUACGAUGAUGUCGAACUACCACCGCUGCUUACCCAAGAUGAUUUCGACCCUAAAUUAACAGAAGGUCUUCAUAUGGUGGAGUUUUAUUCACCAUAUUGUGUCCAUUGUACCCAAUUGAUGCCUAUAUGGAAGAAGGUUUAUAAAACUUAUGGUGAAGAGGCAAAGAAAUUGGGGAUUGACAUACAUCAAGUGAAUUGUGUCGAACAAGGUGAUAUUUGUGAUAGAGAAUCUGUGAAAUAUUAUCCAAACAUUAGAAUCUACGGGCCAAACCCCGGCCGUCCGGGUGGUAAAGUUUUACUGAGUUUCCCUUCGAAUAUCAAGAAAACUGAGGAGAAUUUGAAGAGUUUUAUCAAAGAGUCUGCGUACCAAUUUGGUGAAUUGGAUAAGUUGAAUUUGCCGAGUCAAAGUAACUUGAUUGACACUGGAUCUUUGGCCGAAAUUUUGGCGGGUAAAAGCCAAACUAAUAAACCUAUACUAUUGUCAUUCUGGCCAAGUAGUGAUGACAAAUUUACCGAUAUUGAUGCCGAUCAAAAUGUAUUUGACAAUUGUGAAGUGUGUCGUGAAUUUAGAACUAUGUGGAACAUCAUUUCUAACCAACUCGUUGAUGAUAUUGAAACUGGGCAUGUGAAUUGCGAAUCUAGCGGUAUCAUUUGUCAAGAAUUGGGGUACAAGGAAUUGUUGCAAAAUGGAAGAAACAGAAAUAGAAAUCCAAGGGUUGCCGUGGUGUUACCAAGAUCUACCGGUAAUUUCAUUAAAUAUUCUGGACCUGUAAAUAUCGGUGAAGUUGUUACUUGGACCAAACGUUUCUUACAGAACUAUAAAGUUGAAGAUAUUAAUCCAUAUGAAUUAUCCCAAAAAAUGAACUUGGUUAAUAGAUUGAUCAAUGAACCGAAAACAGAAUUACCAGGAGAAUCAGACAACAAAGUGUCAUUUAUCUAUUAUUAUGGUAAUAACGUUGGCGACGAGUCAUUGGCCACUAAUCCAACAACCGCCGAAGAUUUUGAGGUUUUACCAUAUUUGUUGGACCCAGUGAUGAAAUUACCAGAUAUUUAUCUUUAUAAAUCUAAUGAUACUGGGUUCCUUAAAUUAAUCGAGAGACAGACCAAAAAUAUGUUGAGAUAUAUUCAUUAUAAUGUAUCUGAACCGGUCAAGGAAUUUGACAGAGAAUUGUUUGUCUCUAAUACCGUUACUUCUCUUCCAACAAUUAUUGGUUUCAAGGAUAAUUGCUUAAUUCCGUACGUGUUUCAAAAUUUCGAUCCAAAGGAUAUUAGAAACCCAAAGCUUGUUGAAGCGUUCAUUAGAAGAAACUCUUUACCAUUCAUCUCUGAAUUGACCCCAGGUAGCUUCAAAAAGAUCUUUAAUUUGAAAAACAAUAAUAUUGAUAAAGUGGUGGUGGCAUUCUUUGAUAGUGGUGAUCCAGGUUUCAACCAUGGGGCCCUUAACAACUUGAUGUUGGCAGCUCAUGACUAUCAUUACUAUUGGAGCGAGCACGUUUUCAAACAACUUGCAAAGAGAAGACAGGCCAAAGCUGAUAAGGUGGCCAAGCUUCGUGCCAAAGGCGCUGACUCAGUGUCUAUUACCCUGGCAAUGGCGAAUGAAAUUGAUUAUGAUAAUGCAGGACAGGUUGUCUUCACUUAUCUUGACCUUAAUAAGUUUAAAGACUUGAUUAGUGAAAAGGGGUGGAACAUCCAUGGGAAGGAACAUUUUGAUAGAGGAGAUGCUAUAAUCAUUGAACGUACUGGGAAGUUUUACUACGAACAUGAUAGCUAUGGUAAUCCUUUGCGUUGCGAACCUUGGGCUAUCCGUAACACUUUGAUGAGUUUCCAUGAUAAGAAUUACGUUGUUCGUCCAUUGAAGAAGAACUUGAUUAAUAGUCCUUACGGUAAUUACUUGAGACCAAUGGAUUACAUCCACCGUCACGGUAUCAGAGGGUACUUACUCGUGAUCAUUGUGGUUGUUGGUUGUAUUGGCGUGCUGAGAAAGUAUAAUAUCACCGGCAGAAGAUCAGCGUUAACGAAAUUGAAUGCUGUGAAACAAUACUUUUAUCAAGGAUAUUCCAAAUUGAGUGGUGGAAGCGGACAUUACGCCAGUGGGGCUAAUAAAAGUUUGGGAAUCUUGGGGAAUAUUCCUGGUCAAGGUAGUGGAAAGACCGAUUAA